AUGGAUGAAAAAUCAGCUGGUGGGCAUAGAAUUUUUCAACUACAUGAACUAGAGGAGUUGAGGAAUGAAGCUUAUGAAAAUCAUAGAAUAUAUAAAGAAAAAACUAAAACUUUUCAUGAUAAAUACAUUAGUAGAAAAAAAAUUAAUGUUGGACAAAAAGUGUGGUUAUAUGAUUCUAGGCUGAAAUUAAAAUCAAAAAUGGAAAGGACCUUAUGUGGUGGAAGAGACAUAUGAUCAUGGGGCUAUAAUGAUUAGAGAUCUUAAAAGUGAUCAUAACUUUAAGGUAAAUGGACAGUGGCUUAAACAUUACAUAGAACAUGAACGCCUUGUAGAAAAAGAAAUUUUAUUAUUAAAAGAAAUUCAAGAGUAA